AUGUUCGUCGCCCUGGGCAUUACCACCUUAUGCUCUACCCUGUUCGCCUACAACGAAUCGCUUUUACAGCUUUUGUACAACGUUGAUGAGUUCGGCAGAGGCCAUGUAUCCGUUCUCGAGUGGAUCGUGAUGCUGGCACCUUUAGGCCUGGUUCUUCUGAUGAACUUUGCCUUCAAUAAAUUGUCAUUUCCGGCAUUGAUCUCUAUUUUCUUUGCCUAUUCGGCACUGGGUAUACGACCAAGGCCGAUCUUACCAAAAUGGGAUCUAUCCUGA